AUGGCUCCACAGAAGAGUGAAUUUGAACAACAACAUACAAAGGUAGAGGACAAAGAGGAACAUGGUGGACGUGGUGCGCCUCGAGCACGGAGUGCAGAAGGUCCAGCAAACCAUGAAGUUAACAAAGUUCGUGGACGUCGGAAGAGAGACACUAUAAUAACUCUCGGAAAAGACGGAAUAACCGGAAGGACUGUUCCAAGUGAAGGGCAAAUAACAGAGGAAGUUACGUGUACAGACAAUGACUUACAGAGUCGCUUAAAGGAUGUAAUAGAUAAGUGGCAUAAGGACAAGGGAAGGGCAGAAAAAAACUGGAAAAAAGUGUGGGAAGAAUUCGAGAAUAGAAUCAAUCCACUCUCUAAAGACAUAUCGGACAAUAAAGCAAGUAUGGCCUCUUAUUGUAAUGGCCCUAAGGAAAAAGGCACUACGUGGACAGAAGCUGAUAAGAACGCGUGUAUGCUCAUCACUGCAGGAUUAAAACAUAUCUACGAAAUUAAAGAGGACACGGGGAAAGAGGGCGAUCAGGCCAGAAAGAAUAAUAGAAAAUUUAAGGCCACUGCGGCAUGUAUCAUAUUAAAUGAACUUAUAACGAAAUUGAAGGAGAAGGCUAAUUCCUGUACCCAGAAGAUAAGCAUAGAGAAAGGCAUAGAACAAGCCUUUAAGGUCAGUCCGCAAAUUAAGGAAACUGCAUGCCCGAAUGAUCGAGGCUGUUUUGAGUGCACACAGGGGGACUACUCAGACUGUAAAAUGAACAACGACCGAGUGGGAGAGAAAUUAAAGCAGAAAUUCGAUAGAGACGAAAAAAUAAAAGAAGCACUCGGAGACAUAUAUCCACCUUCCAACCCCACCUCCACUUCUGGAACAGCCACUAUUGGGGAAUGGUUUACACAGUUUUCCACUAAUGUAACAGAUAAAGACCAAAACCAGUAUGACGAGCUGUAUGGUAUGUUAGCAUUAUGCAAGCCUGAAGAGGAUACUGUGCCUAAUGACAAAGUAGACCUGAACAAUUAUGAAGGGUUUUGUAGAAUUAUGAUGAAAAACAUAAUGUUAGUUACAGGCGUUCCAAAGGAAUAUAAAAACGAAGACGGGAAAACACCAUGUGAGAAGAAAGUGAAAAAUAUUCCCUUAUGUGAUUUAUUAAAAGUUUGGAUGUGGUAUAUGCGAUGGUUCUGUGUCCCUAAGGACGUCAUAGAACAGGCCCUUAGCCGAGUUAAUACUGUAAGGAAAACAUUAAAUGAAAAUGUGAAGUAUGUGAAAUGUACUUAUGAUGAUGCACUUAACAUUCCUUACGGGGGUGGAACAAAUAUGGUAGGUGAAGAGUACGAACUAUUUGACACAAGUGCGUUGUAUACUAUGAUGGAAGCAUUAACUGAGAAAACUUGGUGCGAAGAUGGUCAAUGGAUAUACAGGAAAAAGGCGCUUGAGGGUCCAGAUCUGGCACGCAGUGAUCCAGGGAAGGGGAAUCAAGUGCUUGGUGGUAAUGACAACCUGGACAAAAUGAAAGAAAUUGUUCACCAAAUUAACAAAGUUUUAAUACAGGAGGAAAAGGCAGCAUCCCCAAAGAAAACACCCAAGUCACCCUCCUCCGAAGGUGAAGACUGCACCAAGAAAUCUAAUUUAUGUGAACGCGUAACAUGCGUAACAACGCAGUAUCCUAAAGACAAAGGAGGGGAGAAAUCGAACUGGAAUCAAAUGUGGGAUGACAUCAAAAGUAGGGUGGAUCCACUUGAAAAAGCCAUGUCUAAGGAAGACCCCAACACAGACAAGUAUUGUAAGGGCACAGAAUGGAAAGGUAAUACAGGGACUUUUGCAGAAAUAGAAGCAUGCAAGCUCAUUACUAGAGGCUUGAAGCAUAUAUACGAGAUUCCACAGGAUUCAAGCAACCAGGAGCAUGAGAAAAUAAAUAACCAGUUAUUUAAAAGGACCAUGGCAUGUGUCCUACUAAAUGCAUAUGCAGAUAAAUUGGAAUCCGAACUCAAAUCUACGUGUCCUGUUGAGGCCGGCAUUAACAAAGCUUUUGGUGCCACUUCACGAAUUAAGGAUGGAAUUGAUAUAUGUAAGGAUAAGAAUAAUUGUGUUGAAUGUAAAAGGGAUAAGAAUUAUGAAAGUUGUAUGGUAGGCGACGAUGAGGAAAAUAAAACCAAAUUAGGAGACAAAAUAAAACCGAUGUUAGACAGUGAUCAUAAAAUAGAAAAAAUCCUGGAAGAAAUAUGUAAAGACUGCAACAAGGUUAAGGGCCUAUGUGAUCGUACAAAGUGCGUGACAAUUAAUUGGUUUAGGGACAGAUUAACUAAUGGGGGGAGUGGAACACAGCACUGGUGUCAAUUUUGGAAUAAUGACGUCAAGCGGGAAUUGGAUAAACUCUCCAAGGCCAUAAUUAAAGAAGAGAAAAAUGAUAACCCCUUAUGUAAUAACAUUAAUGGAAGGAACACAGCAACUGAAGCAGAACAAAAGGCAUGUAAUUUUAUUGUUAGGGGCAUAGAGUAUAUAUACAGCAUUAAGGAAGAUCAGAAUACUAAUUACGCAAACCAGAAGAAAAAUAACAGAAUAUUUGGACAAACUGUGGGGUGCAUCUUCUUGAACGCUUAUGCAGAUCUCCUUAUUACCAAGUCGAAGGAAGGUAAUUGCCCCAUCAUAGAGGAAAAAAUACAAAAAUUUUUUGAGGAUGGAAAUAAAAGGAAGGAUGAUUGGUGUGAAGAAAAAAGGAGUGGUAAUGGUAAUGAAUGUGUUAAAUGUGAAAGGGAUACAAGUUAUGCAACGUGCACACUAGAAGUAGAAGAAACACUGUUGAAUAAGGGACCAGGUGAAGAAUGCAAAAAUCACAGAAACAAUAUAAAAAAUAAGUUGGAUGAUAUGCUGGACAAUGAUAAAACAGGACUAAAGCAAACUUUGAAUGAUAUAACUACUAUUUGUAAACCCAAACCUGCCGCCCCUCCCCCAGCUCCUCCAUCUGCUCCUUCUGAGGCUGAGAAUGGACGAGGUGGCGGAGUAGGUGAAGCUGAUUUAAAAUCACCCAAGGCUGCUAAACUUACUAGCAAGAACGACAACCCCGUCCUUCCUUAUUUCCCUCUUGCUCCUGCUGUGCUUGGUAUUUCUAUUAUGAGCUACUUACUUUGGAAGUACUUUGGUAUGCUUCGUAAGACCAGAAAACGUUACAGGAGAGCUUAUCAAAUACGUGGUCCCUCCAUGGAACAGCAGAUUAUUGACCAUGUGGACCGGGAUGGUCCACAUGCAUAUACCUUAGUAAAGGAACGCAAACCUCGUUCUAAGCAUAUAAAAAGGAGGAGAAAACGGCUUCCUGGUGGUCGUCGGCGUGCUGGUCGCCGCAUGAUUAUUGAUAUUCAUUUAGAAGUCUUAGACGAAUAUCAAAAAGGGGAUGUUGCAUUAACGAAGGAAGACUUUUUUGAAAUUGUGGUUCAAGAAUUUAUGGGAAGCAAAUUCAUAAAGGAAGAGAAGGUUGCAAGUCCUGAUUGCGGGUUUAGGGAGGAUAGACUUUGUUCCAAAGGAAGAUGUUCCUAG